CUCCUCCUCCAGCAGAAGGAGCAUCAUCCUGGGAGCCGGAUGCAGAGCCUCCGCCUGGACGUGAAGCUCCUGGCGUGGAGGUGGGGGAUUCUCCAGUGGGAUGCAGCUCUGUGAUGGGACGAUCCGCCGCGCACCAUGGGCAACAAGCAGACGACCUUCACCGAGGAGCAGCUUGAGGCGUAUCAGGACUGCACCCAUUUCACCCGGAAGGAGAUCCUGAGCCUCCACGGACGGUACCGGGAGCUGGCUCCACACCUGGUGCCGCUGGACUACACCAACAACCCGGACAUCAAAGUCCCGAUGGCGCUCAUCGUCACCAUGCCGGAGCUCAAGGAGAACCCGUUCAGGGACAGGAUUGUGGAGACGUUCUCUGAGGACGGACAGGGCAACAUGAGCUUCAAUGACUUCGUGGACAUGUUUUCAGCGCUCUGUGAGACGUCCCCCAGAGAGCUGAAGACCAUCUAUGCCUUCAAGAUCUACGACUUCAACAGGGACAAUUUCAUCUGUAAGGAGGAUCUGCAGAAGACCCUGAACAAGCUGACCAAAGGGGAGCUGACCCCAGAGGAGGUCAGGCUGGUGUGCGACAAGGCCAUCGAGGAGGCCGACCUCGACGCCGACAACAAGCUCUCCUUCGCCGACUUCGAGAACAUGAUCUCCAAAGCUCCAGACUUCCUGAGCAACUUCCACGUACGAAUAUGAGGGCAGUCCUCCAACAGAGAUCCUGUAGAGGACAGAUGUCUCACCUCGACUCAUUCCUGACUCCACUGAGUCUGCAGUCUGUGACCAGGACCGGUUCUGGAUCUUCUGGAUCACUCUGAUUGUUCUGGACCCAGCUGAACCCUACUGGACCCAUCUGGUUCCGGCGCUGUGGAACAACCUGGACUUGGUCUAAAAGCACACGGUUAAAGGGCAAACAGCGAGCAGCUAUGCAACCCCGGCUCCCCUCCUCGCAUGCUGUACAUAGCUGCUUAGUGACGCCUUCUGCUGCAAACUGACAAUCAUUGUAAACUGUGGCUCAGUUAAAGGAAGGGCUCUCUGUCAGUCUGGCUUCCACACUCCUUCACCUGUCGACAGGUAUGAUCACACCUUCACCUGUUCAGCUCUGAAUGUUUUCUGGCAAAUAAAAGGUUUGAUUUGGUC